AUGUCGCAUCCAGCACUCCUAACAUCUGCCCUCGUCAUCUGCCUGACGGUCUGGCUGCCCAGUGUCCGGGCACCGUCCACAAUGGCCUUGACCCUAGAGAUGAACUCACUCUACAACAUCAAGUUCUCGCUUGACGUUUUCACUCAGUUAUACAAGUGCCUGUGUGACGUCAGAGACCAGAGCUGCAGCGUCGUGCUGUCACGUGACCACGCCUUCUCCUACCACGCCAGGUUCAUCAGCGCCUCCAGCUUCCCGCGGACCGGGAACCAGACCCGCCUGGAACGGUUUUCCCGCAACUUCGUCUGCACCAUCCCGACCUCCUUCCUAGCCGACAUGACCAUGGGCUGCAUCCGCCUGAAGCACGUGGAGAACGUCUGCGAGAACCUGGAACUCUGCGAGUCCUUGAACUUGCUGCACGAGCGUACCUGCGAGACUGGAUUUGUGGGGAUUUACUGGCUGUACCCGGGGAGGAUUAACGUUAAUCUGGACACUCAACGCGUCAGUGCGUCACAUUGCGGGACGGACUGCUUCAACGCGUCAGCUCAACCUGUAGAUCCUGCUGUAACUAGAAACAUUUCUCCGGACUCUUCCGAUGAAUUCAACUCUAGAGACGAUUCUCACACAAAUUUUCGUCACUCGACGUCACUAAAUAACCAAAACGAUGAUGACGUCAUUCCACACAGCCGACACUCUUACAAAACUAAACUUUCGAACCCCAAGACGUUGCCUACUACCUACGAAGAUGACGUCAGAACGGCGACCAUAACUGGAAUAGCCUGCGGCGCUGCAUUGGUAGCUUUAAUCAGUACUAUUCUAGGAAUAUGCGUCUGUAGGAAAAGCAAACAAUCGCAAGUUCUUCGCGCCACUACCGAAGACUCCAUAGAAAAUCAGGACCCUCUAACUAGACUUCGAGAACAGAGAAGUUCCAAUUCGUUCGGCACCAUAUUUUCCCAAAUGGAAUCGCACUCGAAAUGCGUAGGAGAGCUGCAACUGAACCCUAAAAAACUUCUGAGCCCAAAAACAUCGGUAGAAACGAAUAAAAAGGGGAAUUUAAAAACAAACGGCUCUUAUGGUUCCAUGAAUGACGAGAAACAUAAACAGUGGGAUAAGGGCGACAACUUAGAUGGUUUGUACAACAAGGGAGAUGAUUUCGAUAUUUCGGAUAAGGGAAGUAAACCUGAUAAAAGUACACAAGAAUUAGGUGCAGCUAGUUCGUUUCAAGGAUAUAACAAUAUUCCUGUCCGAUCUUGUAGAAAAACAGCGUCUUAUGACGAAAUUGACGAAGAAAUGUUUAGUAAAGUUUCUGGAAAACCAAACGAGGCUUAUUCAGAGGAGAGAAAUAGCUACACGAGCGGUAGGGAAAUUAACUUGUACGAAGACCUGAGGUUUUCUUCUAAAGGUCAAAGUUCAGGCAGCAAAGGCUGUUACUCACGUUUAAACGAGGAAGUCCGGAUCAUAACAAACCCUUACAACAUGUUGAGUCCAAGCCGUAGUUAUUCCAGAACCGAUUCCAACUCGGAUCAUUAUUCUUACAUUGAUAAAAAGAGCAAAUCUGAAUCCAAUAUGGACUUGUAUUCUCAUACUGAUAAACACAACGUUGCAGAUUCUCAAACGGAUCAUUAUUCUUAUAUAGGCAAAUCCAGAAAAGUCGAUUCUAUCAAUGAUCAAUAUACUUACUCUAAUAAAACAAAUGGUGCAGAUUUCAACCCGGGUCAUUAUUUUUACAUCGAUAAAACAAGCAAAUCUGAUCUUAAAGCGGAUCCAUACAUUUAUCCUGAUGAAACCAACAAGACAAAUUCCAAAACGGAUCACUAUGCUUAUAUUGAUAAAACCAUCAAAAGUAUCGUUAGCGAAUCUGAAGUAUCGAAUACUUCUUCAGAAAACCUAAUACUCGACGACGACGCACAAACCGAUUACGACACCUCUCAGUCAGUAAAGGCACAGUACGAGAACUUUAAAUACCGAAGACUUCCGAAUCUGGAGCUUAGUUUUAAAGAAGUUCCCGAAUCGGCACGUUUGGGAAGCGAGAAUAACACGAGAACAGACUUGCAGAGAGCGGAGUCUUUGGGUGUGCAGAACCAUGUGUACUUUGAGCUAGAGAAAGAUGCAGACAGUGAGUCCGUGAGUGAUUGUUCGUGCGCUGACGAAAUGUAG